CAUCUCACUGGCCAAUAAAGUCUUCAGGGUAAAGCCCCAGCUCAGCUAAUCUCACCCACACAAUAUAAAUCCGGAGUGGGCAGCCCGUCAGCAAGUUUGCCCUCUUGUAGCGCUAAUGGACACCGCGGUCAUUAUCACGCGACCGCAUGUGCUAGCAUAACGAUACAACUAACUACAUUUCCCAGCCUUCUCUGCUCCGGCAACUUUUUUAUCCAAUGGUCAUUCGAUGCGCUCCUCCGGCAACCAAUCGGGCAGUAAUCUCUUAAUUCUAACGGUUAAAUACCAUGAAAAUCCCUCUUAUCAGCACUAUUUACUUACUUAAUUUUCCACCUCGGGAUACACCACAGCAAUGUUGUGAUUUUGGUGCAAGACACGUGUUUCACAUCAUCACGGAUUUCAAGUUUUGAUAAGCUCAAGAUAGACGACAUGCUGUCAGGUGUCCGGGUGUGUGUCCGCUCGCUGGGUAAAGGUUGGUCAGUUCGCGGCAUGAGUUUGUCGCCGCGUCAAAUCAACCGAUGGCCGAACAACGAGUCCUCCGAGCCUCCUACGGACAGACCUCGAGUCCUCAUCACAGGUGGCCUAGGACAGCUUGGAGUUGGUCUAGCUCAAAUGCUGAGGCAGCAGUAUGGAAAGGAAAAUGUCAUCCUGUCGGAUAUCAGGAGGCCUCCCGCUGAAGUUUAUAACAUGGGUCCAUUUGUAUACGCUGACGUGCUGGACUAUAAAAACCUGAGGGAGCUAGUUGUGAAUAACAGAAUCACCUGGCUGGUGCAUUAUAGCGCAUUGCUCAGUGCUAUCGGGGAAGCUAACAUGGCUCUCGCCCGCACCAUCAAUAUCACAGGUCUGCAUAAUGUGUUGGAUCUGGCUCUGGAGAACUGCUUGCGACUGUUUGUUCCCAGUACCAUCGGAGCAUUUGGCCCUUCGUCUCCCCGCGACCCGGCCCCUGACCUCUGCAUCCAGAGACCUCGCACCAUUUAUGGAGUUUCCAAAGUCCAUGCAGAGCUGAUGGGGGAAUAUCUCCACCAUAAAUAUGGCCUGGAUUUCCGAUGCUUGCGAUACCCAGGAGUCGUUUCUGCCAACACCAAGCCAGGAGGAGGCACCACUGAUUAUGCUGUCCAGAUCUUUCACGAUGCCCUCAGCACCGGCCACCAUGAAUGUUACUUGCGUUCCAGCACUCGGCUUCCCAUGAUGCACAUCUCUGACUGCCACAGGGCCACCAUUGAGUUCAUGCAAGCUCCUGAAAGCCGACUUUCAUUGCGUACUUACAACAUCGCAGCCAUGAGCUUCACACCUGAGGAAGUGGCAGAAGAGAUCCGUAAACACCUGCCCCACCUGAGGGUCACGUACAAUCCUGAUACCAUCCGGCAGACUAUUGCGGACAGCUGGCCUGUGCGGUUUGAUGACUCUAACGCCCGUCAGGAUUGGGGAUGGAAGCCUGAGUACGGCCUGUCAGAGCUGGUUACCGACAUGCUGGCCUCCAUCCGUGAAAAGAGAACCAAUGCAGGACUACCUGUCAGCUAGCAGGUCUUCUCAGGGACUGUAACACAAAUCACCAGAAUUUUUCCAGUACACUUCUAAACUUAUCUAUCUCAAAUUUCUUUAGACCAGGACUCUCUGUCAGUUAGAGAACUGCUGACACUGACAGUUCUCUACAAACAUAUGCUUGUGACGAAAACAUGUAAACCAACAGUGAAAACUCACAUUCUCUCACUGCUCAGGAGACUCUUGCUGCGUCCGAAAUCGCAUACCGUAUAGUAGGUACUACAUUCGGUUUGAUACUUGCUUUGCGAAAAAAAAAGUAUGUUCUAUAUAGUGUGAAUGUGUGUAGAAUGAAUGCAAUUCGGACAUACUAUAUCCGCCAUGUUGUCUCUGUCAUGUGACCUAUGGCAUCAGUUGCCAGUGGAUGCGCACUUCAGAAUCUCGCCGGAAGUAGUAGGCCAAUUCGGGUACUUUUCGGCCUAUUGUUUUCAGACAUACAACUUGGCUCACAUACAGUUUUUUCCCUUCUAUAUAGUAUUUCGGAUGCAGGGUCUGUCUUUCUACUCUGUGAUCUAUACUUACAUAGUUUUUUAGUCAUCAUGGGACAGGGGAAAAACAAGAAAACGACAAAAUGCUGAUGAAUAUAAGAAUAAUAAUAAUAGCCUAAUGAUAAUAAUAGUAAUUGCACACAUUAUAGAUGAAACAGUCCAAUUUAAUUAUUUUAGAGACACCACACAAAAAUAGCAAGUUCUGGCCCCAAAUUUCCCUUAAAGACUUUCAACGAUCUGAUGUUAUAACUAAAACACUGCUUUCACUGCUUAACCAAUCCUGACAUUCUUUUUGGGAGGGUUUAAAUUUUAGUCUUUUUGUACAAAUACAGUAAGGACCAUUAUACACCUUUCACUCUACAGUGCUCUAGACCAUGUACCGUGUGUCGUGGUUUGAACAGCCAUGGGCAGAAAAAGCUUCACUACCAGCUUUAGUGUGAAUCAAAAGAUGAUAUUGCCUUUGUUCCAACUCCUAUCUGUGAUGAAUUCACAGUUGCCUGACUUUUGGGUUCUGGCCACUAUUGCUUAUAUUGGCUUUAUUUAUUUGGAGUCAGUUAUCAAGGGCUCUGGAUUCACAAUGUAUAGUGUGGUGGUGUGAAUUA